UGGAGAACAGCCCCGUGACAUUCUGUGGCUUCCCAUUAGACAACUUGGCGAGAAAGUCACAAACUUGGAUGCAUUACCAAUAACUUACAGGCAAGGUAGUUGACCCUGGCUCUGGAGAGCUCAAGCCUCUUCAGGGGCUACUGUAUGAUGCUGGAGUACUGGGAAGACCGUUGCCAAGACAGACGAGUGCAUCACCAAAGACCACUGGUUUAAGGCUGGGUGAGUGGACAGGUCUGGUCCCAGACCCCUCCCAAACGGUGAUGUCUCUCCUUUGACUAAAGUGUCACACGUGUCCUCCUUACACCAAUAUGCAGUGACUUUGCCAGUCUCGACAAGUAUGGCUACUGAAUCAAGGACAUGAUCAUCCAAGGAGGGGAGAACAUACACCCAGCUGAGAUUGAGCAGUUCCUACACACCCACCCUAAAGUCCAGGAAACACAGGUGAUAGGGAUAAAGGAUGGGCGUAUGGGAACGGAGGUGUGCGCCUGCAUUGAGCUGACGGAGAGGCAGGAUUGCAGUGCUGAGGACAUCAAAGUUUACUGCAAGGGAAAGAUCCCACACUGUGACAUUUGUGAAGGGCUACCCACUCACCGUUUCAGGAAAGUCUCUCUCAAGGGACACUUUGAAAUCCUUUAGAAAUGGAGAGCCCUUUGAGUAGCCCGGCCCUGCAUGUUUCUAGACAGGAGGGAAGUGAGAUGAAGCACUCUGCACGCAGCAGUCCUGCAUAACCCAUUCAGAGGGCGUCACGUUGGAAGGAGUCACGAACCACCAUGACUGUCUGUUCGAUCUAAGAAACCACCCCGACAUUAAACGUGUAUUUAAUACAAAGA